GCGGUAGAACUCGAUCUCCCACAUAAGUCUUUAGCGCCUGUUUGCAAUGGAAUAGGCUUCUUUCAAUCUUGCCCUUUGUUGGGGGUUCAAAUCUUCUCUAUGCGGUGUUUUUGAUGUUGCUGGGGCUGAGUGCACUUUCUGGGGCAGAUUGCUUUAACAGGAAAAGAUAGAGGAAAUCCAGUUCCUCGCUUAAUCCUAUUUGGGAAACUCGGUUUCCUCAUCUUGAUCUCAAGGUUUCGCUGCAAAUUUUCAGGUAACUUUCCCCUUGUCUUCGGUGUUUUAAUCUAUAAUAGCAGUCAGUUGCUGCAUUUCACUUUGACUCCGGAAUUGGGGAUUCGGAAAACCAUUUUUUCUUGUCGAUUAGGAGUUCACAAGAAUCACUUUGUGUGAUAUUAAGAGGUUGAGGGUUUAUCUAGCUCCAUAAGUUCUUCAACUCUCGUUCGGUCAUGUCAAUUUCUAGAGAGCUUUACCCUUCUCAAGAUGAUCUCUUAUACGAAGAGGAGCUGUUGCGUAACCCAUUCAGCCUUAAGCUCUGGUGGCGCUACCUAAUAGCCCGCCGUGAAGCACCUUUCAAAAAGCGGUUCAUUAUCUAUGAGAGAGCCCUCAAAGCUUUACCUGGGAGCUACAAGCUUUGGCAUGCAUAUCUUACUGAGCGUCUCGAAAUCGUUAGAAACCUACCGGUCACUCACUCCCAGUAUGAAACUCUGAACAAUACAUUUGAAAGAGCAUUGGUUACUAUGCAUAAAAUGCCCAGAAUUUGGAUCAUGUACUUGCAAACCCUAACCAACCAAAAAUUGAUUACCCGCGCACGUAGAACUUUUGAUAGAGCACUCUGUGCAUUGCCUGUCACUCAACAUGAUAGGAUUUGGGAGCUAUAUUUGAGGUUUGUGAGCCAAGAGGGUAUGCCGAUUGAGACUUCUCUUCGGGUUUAUAGGAGGUACUUGAAGUAUGAUCCUAGUCAUAUUGAGGAUUUUAUUGAGUUUUUGGUGAAUUCUCGUCUUUGGCAAGAAGCAGCUGAGAGACUAGCUUCAGUGUUGAAUGAUGAUCAGUUUUAUUCAAUAAAGGGGAAAACAAAGCAUACAUUGUGGCUAGAAUUGUGUGAUUUGCUUACUAGACAUGCAAAGGAAGUGUCUGGGUUGAAUGUGGACGCCAUUAUUAGGGGUGGGAUUAGGAAGUUUACAGAUGAGGUUGGCAGGUUGUGGACGUCACUUGCUGAUUAUUAUAUCAGGAGGGGUUUGUUUGAGAAGGCAAGGGAUAUUUUUGAGGAGGGAAUGACUACGGUGGUUACGGUGAGAGAUUUUAGUGUUUUAUUUGAUGCAUAUUCACAGUUUGAAGAGAGUAUGGUUGCGCAUAAGAUGGAGAAUUUGGACUUGAGUGAUGAGGAAGAGGAUGUGUUGGAGGAGAGUGGUUCCUUGCAGGAUGAAGAUGUUCGUUUGGAAGUGAAUUCUAAGUUUGAGAAGAAGAUACUUAGUGGGUUUUGGUUACAUGAUGAUAAUGAUGUGGAUUUGAUGUUGGCCCGGUUGGAGUAUCUUAUGGAUAGAAGGCCAGAAUUGGCCAAUAGUGUACUUUUGCGACAAAAUCCACAUAAUGUGGAACAAUGGCACAGGAGGGUUAAGCUUUUUGAGGGUAAUCCAACUAAACAGAUACUGACUUAUACUGAGGCAGUAAGAACGGUUGAUCCAAUGAAAGCAUUAGGAAAGCCCCACACCUUGUGGGUUGCUUUUGCCAAGUUGUAUGAGAAUCACAAUGAUAUUGUCAAUGCAAGAGUAAUUUUUGAUAAGGCAGUGCAAGUGAAUUAUAAGACUGUGGAUAAUCUAGCUAGCAUUUGGUGUGAGUGGGCUGAAAUGGAAAUUAGACACAAAAAUUUCAAAGGUGCACUUGAGCUGUUGAGGCGGGCUACAGCAGAACCAUCAGUUGAGGUCAAAAGAAGAGUGGCUGCUGAUGGCAAUGAACCUGUCCAAAUGAAGUUGCAUAAGUCCUUGAGACUCUGGACCUUUUAUGUGGAUUUGGAAGAGGGCCUUGGGACCUUGGAGUCCACACGAGCAGUUUAUGAGCGGCUAUUGGACCUGAGAAUAGCCACACCACAAAUCAUUAUCAAUUAUGCAUUGCUUCUAGAAGAACAUAAAUACUUUGAAGAUGCAUUCAAGGUUUAUGAAAGGGGAGUGAAAAUAUUCAAGUACCCUCACGUGAAAGACAUAUGGGUCACAUAUCUUUCAAAGUUUGUAAAGAGAUAUGGUAAGACAAAACUGGAACGAGCAAGAGAGUUGUUUGAACAUGCUCUUGAAAUGGCUCCUGCUGAUUCAGUCAAACCCUUGUAUCUUCAAUAUGCAAAGCUGGAAGAGGAUUAUGGUUUGGCAAAGCGAGCCAUGAAGGUUUAUGAUCAAGCAACUAAGGCUGUCCCAAAUAAUGAAAAACUGGAGAUGUAUAAAAUUUAUAUUGCACGUGCAGCUGAGAUAUUUGGUGUCCCAAAAACAAGAGAAAUAUAUGAGCAAGCAAUAGAGUCUGGUCUACCCGAUAAAGAUGUAAAGACAAUGUGCUUGAAGUAUGCUGAGUUGGAGAAGAGCCUGGGAGAAAUUGAUCGAGCUCGUGGAAUAUACGUAUUUGCAUCUCAAUUUGCUGAUCCGCGAUCUGAUGAAGAUUUCUGGAAUGAAUGGCAUGAAUUUGAGGUGCAACAUGGAAAUGAAGAUACUUUCCGAGAAAUGCUGCGUAUAAAACGAAGUGUUUCUGCAAGCUAUAGCCAGACGCACUUUAUUCUGCCGGAGUAUUUAAUGCAGAAGGAUCAAAGGCUGAAUAUUGAUGAGGCAAAAGACAAAUUAAAACUGGCUGGGGUCCCUGAAGAUGAAAUGGCUGCUCUAGAGAGGCAAUUAGCCCCUGUGGCCAACAACGCUACAGCUAAAGAUAGUGGCAGAAAGGUGGGCUUUGUGAGUGCUGGGGUGCAAUCACAACCUGAUGGGGCGAUGAAAGUUAUUGCUAACCAAGAAGACAUUGAGCUACCAGAAGAAAGUGACUCCGAAGACGAUGAAAAAGUGGAAAUUACACAAAAAGAUGUUCCAUCUGCUGUCUUUGGAGGAUUGGCCAGGAAGAGGGAAGAGACUGAAGAAGACAAGGUUGGAGAUGAUACCACAGCUGCUAAGGAUAAGGAUGGUGGUGGUGCAGGCAAUCUUGGUGCCCUUGAGAGAAUAAAGAGACAAAAACGGGGAUGAUAACUCAGAAAAUUGAAGUUAAGAUCAUUCAAAUCGGGAUGAAAUUUUGACAGAUCAUUUAAUUUACUAACAGCCAUAGUUACGCUUGAAGUUGCUCUUCGUAAUUUGUAUGAUAAUUGUUGAUUAUAAUGAACUGAAGAUUUGUGUAUUUUCCACCAAACCCGUGAAGCUUUAAUUUAUUAAACUUCUAAAUUAAUGCA